AUGAAUGUCGUUUUAUUUGGUUUCUUCGCGUUAGCUAUUGUUGUUUUUCUAUGUCUUGCUGUGCUGGGAUUUGCCGUGUACCUGUUUUGCGAGCAUCGGCGUUUUGGCCAUCUACCAGGACCACAGAGGAGUAAUUUUUGGUUAGGCAAUGCAAAAGAUAUCGCAACGUAUCGCAAAGCGGGCAGGACAUUCUACGACUAUUUUCUAGCUCAAACUAUUGAACAUGGCAACGUAUUUGUCGUUUUUAUAUGCCACAAAGCGAUCAUUUUUGUCUCAGAACCUUCGAUAAUUUGCAAGCUGCUGCUAAGACAUCAUUUGCUUCUGCCAAAAGACCCGAAAGUGUACCGAAAACUGGGUUUUGUUUGCGGACAACCGAUAGCAGGGCACGGUCUGGUUACAAAUACCGACGAAGCCGCUUGGAAACCGCGACGACGUUGUUUAAAUCAUGCUUUUCAUCGCGGAAAUGUUAGCAGGAACUUUUUGAAAGUUUUUAAUGAUUGCGCGCAAGUGUUUUUGAAUCGGCUACAAGGUAAAGCGGAUGGACAAAUGAAGGUUUUUAUGUUGGAAGAGUUCGCAAGGGCAUCGUUUUUGGCCUCAGAUCAGGUAGGUGUUGUAUAGACUACGCGUUCAACACAACGGCAAACGAAUUAUAGUAUAAUAUUCAUAAUUAAGAAAUAAAUGAAAGUUAUGUUCUUUAUUAAAGUAAAUUUGCCACAUGCAUGCUAUAUAUAUAUAUAAUAUGUAUAAGCUGACCACAUAUACAUGGGCCACAUGGCGUUGUCGUUUUCCUUGCAUUGAGAGUAUAUAAACACAACAGUUAUCCUAAAGACUAAAAAACUGAAGCCCCGUAGAGAUGACCAUGCAUGCAAGUUUUACUCGACAAAUUUCCUUGACAAGUCCCUUCUCGUGUGUACGGUCAGCAAGUUUCCCUUGACAAGUUUGUUGCCCGCGUAGAACAAGGCUCCUUCCUUGAAGGAAAAAUUACUUUGCUGUACACACGAGCAAUAAAUAAAACUUUGUCACGAAAACAUUUCUCGUCUGUAUAUGAGACUUAAUACUAAAUUUAUUUGUAAUUGUUGUACUGCAUGGAUAGCGCUAUCAGUCAAGUUCUAAAUUUCGGAUUGAUAGGGAUACAAGCUUUCCUAUUAUGCUAAUGCAUGCAUGCAUCGUUCACUGAAGAUUAUAGGUUCUGAAUUGCUCACUCAGAAGUUUAGAAAUACCGGGUGUCCCCCCAAAAAACUGGACACUGCUUGAUUUCAUGUAACGUAAAAGCUAUCGCAAUGAAAUAAAGAUCAUUGCAUUCGGAAAGGACUAACUUAGAUUUUGAUAUAUAACACUUGAAUUUACAUGCAAUAUUGAGCGAGAUACAACCAAAAUAAAGAUACUUAUUAUUUAACAACUACAUCGGUAAUAAGGUUGUUUUAUGCUAAUAUUUUGCAUUUUCAAAAACAGUAGUUCAACGUUCAAAUAUCAGUCAAUAUUGCAUGUAAAUUCAAGUGUUAUAUAUCAAAAUCUAAGUUAGUCCUUUCUGAAUGCAAUGAUCUUUAUUUCAUUGCGAUAGCUUUUACGUUACAUGAAAUCAAACAGUGUCCAGUUUUUUUUGGACACUCGCGGUAGUAUUAUUUAUUGCUAUUAUAUUCUAAUGCAACUAGUCACUGAAAAACCCUGAUAAGGGAGUGUGCUGAGUAAUAUAUGUAUGUAUGUAUAUACACUAUACAUACAUGCAUGCCCACGACAAAAAAGCUCUCGGUGUUUAAAGUAUCAUAUUAAUGUUAGUAUUAAAUGACAACCGUUAUAUACUUCAAUUACAAAGCAAUAAAUACUGUACUAUGAAUUUUUUCUGUGUUGGUGUUGUGUACUCAGGUGAAUAAUAUGUUUGCGAUGUUACUUUUUCAAGCUCGCCCGGUGUGGAUAUGCACUCAGAGUAACAUCGCAAACAUAAAUACUGUACUGUGUAAAAAUGUCCAUGGGGAAUGCCGAUAUAUAUAUAAUAUGUACACAUGCGCGCUAUUUUAAAACGUUUUCCUGAUUAAAAUUACAGCGCCAGCCAAUGUAUGAAAUUUAUCAAAUAUUUGAUAAUUAUUUCGCUUUGCGAUUUCACUUUGAAUAUGUCUUCCUAUAAUUGAAAAAACCUACAUGCAUGCAGCAGGGGCCAGUUCAAAAACCAGUUAGUUUGUAGUCCUGGGGGUGAACGGUAAAGUUUCAAAGCGAACUAGCUCCUGAACAGCUUGUUUAUAAUCAUGAAAAUUUUUUUCUAGAAAUUUUGUCUGGAUCAAAUGAAGUUUUGAAAUGAACAUGGCGUGCAGAUGUAUACACAAACCAAAACGUUUAAGAGUAAUAAUAAUUCUAGAUUUUUUAUUUUGACACAAUGAAAGCCGACAAUAUGAACAUAUUAUAAUAAUAUGUUAUAUUGUCACGCACCGAAAUCAAUAUAUUUUUAAAUUAUUUGUUGAGAUAUCCACUUAAAUAGGAGAUAAAGUUAAUUAUGAAUGUUGAUAUAAGCAGUUAAGCUAUUUAAAUUAUGUGUGUUUUGAUGGUAUGAAAAUUAUUAAAUUUUAACAAAUUUUGCUUGGCUGAAAAAAUGAAAAUACUUAAAUUCUGAUUGGCUGAAAUUACAAAAGUUUACGCUUGCGCGCAAGUUCAAAAUUUAAAACAACGACAAAAACGUGGCCAUUCUUCACGACUCAGUUAAUCAGUCGUGGUCUGAUUCCUUCGGCUCUUGGGGCAUUCUCCCCAGAACAUUUUCAUAUUUUUCUACCCUUAUUAGCUUAUAGGACUGCAUUUCAUGCGUUUUCUGAAACAGAUGUUUUGAUAUGCAGCGUUACAUUAUACUGCAUAGAUUGACUAUUAUUUAAUCUUAUUUGGAAACGGUAACCCUUCAGAUCUACUAACAUCUGAUUUCCAAGAGGCCGUUUACAGUAAUACAAUAAAAAAUAUAUAAAAAGACAUUAAAGAACUAACCUAACACAAUACAGGAGCUAUUUACAAACAAAUAACAUAAUUAGAUUCUAUUUACGGUUCGCAUAUUUGAUCUAUUCGUAAUUAUAAUCAGCUCGAGAGAAUUGUUUUAAUUGCCAAAUAGAAACGUCAUGUAGUUUAGCGGCUUUUGGGAGGCUAUUCCAUAGACUUACGGCUGAAUAACUUAUGCUUUUUUUCAUGAAAUCUGUUUUAGGUUUUGAAAGUGCAUAAUUGACAGAUAAUUGACUAAAUCUUCAGUUAGGUACUUGCAUGGUAUGUUUAUAUGUAAACACCACAACUCGGUCACUAUAACUUGUUUAGCCUAGCCUUCCAACAACUCAAAUCUAUAUGGUCUGGGAUAUACUAUCCAUUGGAAAUUUUUUUGAAAUCUAAGGUAUUUACAACAAUACAAUGUUUAACAUUUUGAAACAGACAUUGAAUCAUUUGAAGAUAUUAAAAAACAUGACAUAAGAUCACAAAGCAAAUUUCAGUUACUAGAAUAUCAAACCUCACUUCCAAAUUCUAUUUUUCUUCCACUGUUUUGCUUAUAUUUGAAGAAAAGGGAACUUGACUGGGGGCCCAAAAUGGUUGACUGGGGAGGGGGGGGGCUAUCAUGGGGGCUGGGGAGGGGGCUUUGUCCCCCUCCACCCCAAUAAAUAUUUUACGAAAUUUGCCGAAUAUCUUUUUUAAGGCGAUAUGUGGCAAAGAUUCAAGAUUAACGCAAGAAAAUUUUGACGGAAUUUUACAUGCGUUUGAAAAAUGUUUAGAAGCCGUGCAGGCAAACCUCACCACCGUGCUUCCACAUUCUUUAACAAGACUUUUCACGAGGAAAACUUCCCGACAACGAGAAUUCAUCAAGGCCGCGAAAACAGUUCGAGGUUUCGCGCGCGAAGUGAUAGAAACGCGAGAACGCAAAUUGCGUGAAACGCACGGCGAAGCUCGCUCAGAUAUUCUGGCGUAUAUUUUGGAUAUCGCGAAAAAUGACCCGAAUUUCACGAUGGAGGAAAAAAUCGACGAAGUUGUGACGUUUUUUGUCGCAGGUAAAAAAUACAGUAUAAGAUCUUGAUAUUUGCUGUGUUGGUGUCAUGUACUCAGGUGAAAAAGAUGCUUGUGUGAUGUUACUCUGAGUAUUCACACCGGGCAGGCUUAAAAAAAAUGCCUGGCCACGGUGGGAUUCGAACCUACGACCUUUGGAACACUAGCCCAAUACUCUGCCAACUGACCGCGUAGCUCAGUUGGCAGAGCAUUGGGCUAGUGUUCCAAAGGUCGUAGGUUUGAAUCCCACCGUUCACUUGCUGAUACAAUAAGUAAACAAGGCGUUUUUUUGUUGGUGACCAUUACUCUUUUCUCUUGUAGCUCAUGAAACAACCGCAGGCUGUUUAGCAUUCACUUUAUUUGAAAUAUUAUCCAACGAAAAGAUCUACCAGAGGUAUGGUUUUAAACUUGAGAAGACGAGAUAUACGUGUUUUAAAAACUUAAGUAAAGUAAAGCGCCCAUUGUGACUCGCAAAAUUUUGAGUAAAAUUACUAAAAUUUAUGGGUAAAUUUUUUUAGAGUUUUUUUUAGUAAAUUUGCUCUGAUAAAUUUGAAAUAAAUAACAUUUCAUUAACAUUUGAAAGAAGUAACAUUUCAAAUCCGACUGUGAGGACUGAACUAGAUUUCAAGAUUGUCCGGUCCGCGCAAUUUGAUCCAGACUGGGGAGAAGUCGAAGACUGGAUCAAAAUGCGAGCACGUGAAAUGUAUCAAACACAGAACCAACUAUAGCUUGUGAUUGUCAACGCAAAUCGCUAGAAAAGAAACAUGCUAGAAAAGAAGAAAUGAAAUGUAAAACAAUGGACACUGAAAACGGUUAACAUUUUAAUUCGACGUUUCGACUAGCUUGCAGUCGAUGACUGGCACUGACUGCAAGCCAAGCUAGUCGAAACGUCGAAUUAAAAUGUUAACCGUUUUCGGAGUGUCCAUUGUUUUGUAUUUUAAUUGUAAAAUUACUCAGUGUUAACCGUAACUUUUGGCCAAGAAGAAAUGAAUUAGGAUUGUUUUCAAAACAGACAAAAUUUGAGAAACAUUUUGGAACAUGCUCAUGAGUAAGUUGAGUAUAUUGAUUAUUGGAUGUAAUGUUUCAAAUCGCCGACUAUAAGGACUGGACUAGAUUUCAAGUCUAUUCGAUCGCGCAAUUUGAUGCACUAGUCUUGUAGUCCAGUCUGAAUUGGAGGAUUUGAAAUGACAUCUCAUACGAAUAAAUAACCACUUAAAAUGAGCUGAAUUAAAUUUAAUCCAGUCUUAGAAUCAAUAUAUACUUCACCACCUAUCCAUGAGUAUUAUUUAUCAUGUGAGCAAAAUAAAGCAACAUAAUAAUGGUAAUUCACUCAUGAAUUAUUUUAAAUUAGCUUGAGAUUAUAUUAUUCUCUCUUUCUAUAGAGUUAUGCAAGAAAUAGACAUAGUAAUUGGUUCGAAGACAUUCAUCAGCGACAAAGAUUUAAAUAAACUUCAUUUUCUUGACAACUGUAUCAAAGAAAGUCUGCGUCUUUAUCCCGUGGUCGGAGGGCCUGACAGAAUACUGAUGAAAGAUUUAGUCAUUCAAGAUUAUUAUCUUCCUAGCGGUUGUUCCGUUUUUGUGGAAAAAUAUGUCGCACAUAGAAAUCCAAAGUAUUGGAAAAAUCCACAG